AUGUUAUUCGCUGAUGACAUAGUCCUGAUUGAUGAGACGCAUGACGGAGUUAAUGCUAGGUUGGAAGUCUGGAGACAGACGCUGGAGUCUAAGGGUAUUAAGUUGAGUAGGCCAAAAACUGAUUACUUGGAGUGCAAGUUCAGUGAUGGGAUGUAUGAAGAAGGAGUAAAAGUGAAGAUUUGUACUCAAGUCGUCCCCAAAAGAGAUAGUUUCAAGUAUUUUAGGUCUAUUAUGCAAGGCAAAGGAGAGAUUGACGAGGAUGCUACCCAUCAUAUUGGAGCAGUGUGGAUGAGAUGGAGGCUCGCCUCAGGGUUUUUAUAUGAUAAAAGUGUCCCAGCCGGACUUGGCAAGUUUUACAUAGUGGUGGUUGGACCGGCUACGUUGUAUGGGGGUGAGUGCUGGCCCAUCAAGAAGUCCCAUGUCCAGAAGCUGAAAGAAGGACAGGAUCAGAAAUAA